UGUACAGCAGCUGGACAGAGUGGUUGAGCGUGGAGAAUUGCUCUGAGUGAAUGAAAUUCGCAUUUCGUGUGUGGGACUUUUCGCGCCAAAAAUCACAGUGAAUAGGGAAGACGCGCGCUGACUUCUUCCUAACGACAAGCAUAAAUAUUAGAGAAUAUUGUGUGCCUAACUCUCGAUUAAUCUAAACUGAGUGAACUUCCGAUCAGUACAAAAUGCCAGCAGUUGAAGUGGCUCACAUUUUGGACCUAAAUCCAGAGUUGCCGGAGAAAAUCAAAGAAGUGGCCUAUCGCCAGGGCGAGGAUUCAGACAAAGUGUGCACCUAUCUUCAGGAGUUCAGAGACUUAAUUUAUGAGAAAGGCACUUGCACUCCACAUCGCACAGAUGACGAAUAUCUGUUGAGAUUCCUACGCGCGCGAUUUUUCCGUGUGGAUAAUGCGUACAAAUUGCUCUGCCGCUACUAUGCCUUCCGAGAGCAGCACACAGAAUUGUACUCCUCUGUUCGUCCCAUGACGCUGCGUCCCAUCGGUGAGGACGACAUCGUAUCCGUGACGCCAUACCGAGAUCAGAACGGCCGGCGCCUGAUGUUCUACAAAGUCGGCAACUGGAAGCCCUCCAAAAUCCCGUUGGACGACUUGUUUCGCGCCACGCUCAUCAUCCUGGAGAUUGGCGCCAUGGAGCCGCAGACGCAGGUGGUGGGCGGCGUGGGUGUCUUCGACUUGGAGGGCCUCACGCUCAAUCACUGCUGGCACAUGAGUCCCUCCGUGGCACAGAAGAUGAUCGCCCUCAUGGUGACUUGUAUGCCGGUCAGAACGACGUCCAUCCACAUCGUGAAUCAGAGUUGGGCCUUUGACGCGGUUUUCCAAGUAUUCAAGCCAUUCCUGAACGAGAACAUGAAGGAGAAGAUCUUCAUUCACGGGAACGACAUGUCUUCUCUGCACAAGCACAUCUUGCCAGCUCACCUGCCUGAGCGUUACGGUGGGAAAAUGGCUGAGUACAACUACAACACUUGGUUGGACAGCCUCAAAGUCAACGAUAAGGUGCUCAAGGAGCUUGUGCAGCUCGGCUACAAUAUCCCGACUGAGGAUUUGGCGUGACAACCUCAGAAUUUAAACGUGCGAUAGGAAACAUAUUCCAAAAACUAGCCUCGGUUCUCGGGGCUCUAAUUGUGCAGUAGAUUUUCUUUAGUCACAAUGAUUUGCUUUAAGCAAUUCCACUGCAUAACCUUCGUGACAUGAAUACAAUUAAUGGCAACAUGAGAAUUUGCAAGGGAACAAUAGCGAUUGGGAAAUCUCAGGUCCAAGAGUGUUUAUUUCUUCAAUAAAUAUGAUUUCUCCUCUAA